CACGUGAGCCGUACAAACUUCACUUUUGUGCCUCGGCGCCUUCACCAAACCUCCGGCUCAAGUGUCGUGUUUUUACCUCAAACUGUCCACAAACUCUGAAAAACCCUACAGACACUGGACCCGAACCGGACCAGGCCAGACCGGUCCCGAACCCGCGGCCUUCAGCGCUCAAGUGUCCGACUUUAUCUCCUGGAGCGCGGGGAGGACUGAGCGCGAGCCCCGCUGUUAGCCUGUUAGCCUGUUAGCUCGGCGUUAGCUUAGCUUUAGCCCGUGACGUUGUUGACGCAGGUUCUGUUCGGUGUUUUGUUCGGUGUUUUGUUCGGUGUUCUGUUCGGUGUUCUGUUCCUUUGUUCUGUUCGGUGCGGGUUUUAUGUUCACGCGGAGCAGUCGUGAUGUUGGACGGAACCACAGCGCACGGUGACAGAAGUGGCACCGGGGACGCGGAGAACAGCGGCCCGGUUCGGACCUGCGGCGGUGAUGGAGCGAACCAAACCCGGCUGAAGAAAGAGCGGGGCCGGCGGCUGCACAGACCCGCCUCUGGAGCGCGACUCUCGGACAUCAACAACAACCUCCAGCCGCUCUCCUCCGCCCCCUGCUCCGGACCGAACCGAGCCCCGGGACCGGCCGGACCUGAGCCUCCCGGACCGAACCAGGCCGUGCACAGAACCGGCAUCCGGAGGGAGCUGAAAACCAAAGGAGGAAAAACGGAGCCGCACAGAAACUUAAACAGCCACAAGCCCCGCCCCCAUCAGAACUCCCCCCACAGAACCAUCCAGAACCUGAACCAGAACCUCCUGCGCUCCUCAGCUCUGGCCCACACUCUGCUGCUGCUCAACCCCCCCCAGGCCCCUCAGGUCUCACGGCCCGGUCAGGAGCCCGGUCCGGAUCCCGGUCCAGAACCGGCCUACGCGGGGCCCAAGUUCAGCGAGCCGCCGGCGCCGAGCGUCCUGCCCCGCCCCCCGAGCCACUGGGUCGGCUGCAGCUCCAGAGACGAGAUGAGUCUGCAGCUCAAGACCCUGCUCCGAGUCCAAGACCAGGCCUGAACCCGGUCUGGACCGGGUCUGGACCUGGACCGGACCAGGACCACAACUUCAACAGGGACCAACAAGGACUAAACUGGGUCCAAACCAGGACUAAACCAGGACUAAACCAGGACUAAACCAGGACUAAACCAGGACUAAACCAGGACUAAACCAGGACUGAGCUGAGCCACUUUGUUUUUCAAGUGCCCUUGAGACACUCGGGAGAAUCUGAGAAGUAAAAUACCAAAAUCAUUUUUGGUAAAUUGAAAAAGUGAAGUUUGAACAAAAAACAAAACAAGAAUGUUCAGUGUUUACCUUCGUUACCACGGUUACAAGUACUGCUACUUGUACAAGUACUCGAGUACAGCACUUUAGUACUUGAGUACAGUGCUUCAGUACUCGAGUACAGCGCUUCAGUACUCGAGUACAGCGCUUCAGUACUCGAGUACAGCGCUUCAGUACUCGAGUAAAGUACUCAUGAUGAUGGGCCGACACGAGGCGUCGCUUCUGUUAUGAGUUCGUCCUGAAUUUAUUAAAGUGAAAAAAUCCGAACAGGAUUUAGACUCAGCGCCGAGUCAUGUGACGCACACGGACCAAUCAGGAGGCGGAGCAUCAUGACGCACGGACCAAUCAGGAGGCGGCGCAUCAUGACGCACGGACCAAUCAGGAGGUGGAGCAUCGUGUUGGCGUUGGGGCGUUUCCUCUGAGUUUAACCAUGAGGAUCAGCACUUCUCUGAGCUGCACUUUUCCCUCGUUUUCCUCUGAGGCACUGAGUUUCUUCAGCACUGACCGCGCGCCGUGCGAGGGCGCGGCGUGGGAGCGGGCGGCGUGGGAGCGGGCGG